GACAAACUUUUCAAGGCUGUGCAUUCUCUAGGCUUGCCGGGACACACACGUGCCAGCUGUAUUACGUCUAUACAUCUACAGACACAAAAUGCACACGCAUGCACAAGCCUAAUCAGGUAUGCAGAUGCAUAAAUAGAUACGUACGCAGAGGUUCGCCUCAGACACGGCCCCAGGGGACACGAAGAUCCCCCACUCCUAGCCGCGGGGCUGGACAGGGCUGGCCUCCCGGUGCGGCCGCGGAGCGUGAACGCAGGGCCGCGGCGCGGUGUGGCCCUCCCGGCUUGCCGUCCUCCGGGCGUCAUUGGUCGCGACCUGCGCAGCUGACAGGCGGCGACGGGCGAGGGAGCUUCGAGGAUGGCGGCGUCCGCGGCGCUGAUCUUGCCCGACAGCCCUAGUAUGAAAAAAGCAGUGUUGCUGAUAAAUGCGCUAGAUAUUGGAAGAUUUCCACGAUUGCUUACCCGAAUUCUUCAAAAACUCCACCUGAAGGCUGAGAGCAGUUUCAAUGAAGAUGAAGAAGAAAAACUUCAAGUUGCAUUUUCUCUAGAGAAACAAGAUCUUCACCUGGUUCUUGAAACCAUAUCAUUUAUUUUAGAACAGCUGGAGACAAUUGGAUGGCAGCUUAACCUUCAAAUUGCUCAUUCUGCUCAAGCAAAACUAAAAUCCCCUCAAGCUGUGAUACAACUAGGAGUGAACAGUGAAGAUUCAAAGAACCUGGAGAAAGUUCUUGUGGAAUUCAGUCACAAAGAAUUAUUUGAUUUCUAUAACAAGAAACUAUUCAAGCACAGCUGGAUUCCCUUACGUGAUGUUUUUGAAGACCGGUUUUUCCAUCACACUCCUGCCACCCCAUUAUUUUGCAUUGAAGAGAAAUUAUCUCGCUAUGUUUUCUGGAAGAUUCAGUGACUUGCUUUCUUUAAAUUAGGUGAUUUACCACUUCUUAGACAAAUGAUAACCAAGGAAAAUCAAUGUUAAGAGUUCUGAGGUUCUAAUAUACAGUAUACUUUGUCUAGUUCUGUGAGCAAGUAGCAAAUGUUAGGAACACUUUAGCUUGAAAUUAA